CCGGUGUUCGACGAGACCUUCACCUUCUACGGCAUCCCCUACAGCCAGCUGCAGGACCUGGUGCUGCACUUCCUGGUGCUCAGCUUCGACCGCUUCUCCCGCGACGACGUGAUCGGCGAGGUGGUGGUGCCCCUGGCCGGCGUGGACCCCAGCACGGGCAAGGUGCAGCUCUCCAGGGAGAUCCUCAAGAGGAAUAUCCAGUGCCUGAGCCGGGGGGAGCUGCAGGUCUCGCUGUCCUACCAGCCCGUGGCGCAGAGGAUGACCGUGGUGGUGCUGAAAGCCCGGCACUUGCCAAAGAUGGACAUCACCGGCCUCUCAGCAGACCCCUACGUGAAGGUGAACGUCUACUACGGCCGCAAGCGCGUGGCCAAGAAGAAGACGCACGUCAAGAAGUGCACGCUGAACCCCGUCUUCAACGAGUCCUUCAUCUACGACGUGCCGGCCGAGCUGCUGCCCGACGUCAGCGUCGAGUUCCUGGUCAUCGACUUCGACCGCACCACCAAGAACGAGGUGGUGGGGAGGCUCAUCCUGGGCGCCCACAGCGGGACGGCGGCGGGGGCCGAGCACUGGCGGGAGGUUUGCGACAGCCCCAGGAAAGCCGUGGCCAAGUGGCACAGCCUGAGCGAGUACUAAAAAGAAAAUUAAAACACCCUCCUUUCCCCACCCCACCCCGUUA